AUGGCGACCAAAGGCGCCUCCCUUCUAGCAGCAAGUGACCUAUCCGUUUGUAUAGCCGUGCUUUUGAUCGCUGCCGCAUUUCUUAUCAAGCGUGCUGUGCGCAACACAGUCGUUGUUCAACCUCACAACUCCAUGAUCCUCACCACUGAGCACCCAGAAUGCUGGCUGCCCAACGCCUGCGUGUCCUGUGGCUUCACGAACUUUGCGCAUGUGCUGCGCUGCGCCCUGUGCGGAUUGCUGAGCUCCGAUUCGAAGCUUCCUGCCUCCGUUCUGCCUUUUCUCAAUGAAGAUGUUGCCCUGCCUCGCACCCUUAAGCGUCGGGAGUGGACGAGGGAACUGGAUGCGCAUAACCGCCUUGUCUGGCACCGCAGACUGGCAGAGGGAGGCGAUUGCUCCCCGGGCUAUGUGUUGCGCUUUGCGCUGCCGCCUGAGACUGAACCUGAAGCGGAGCGUGAAGUGUCGAAGCAGCGACAACGAAGUCUGAGCACGGGGUAUGAUCCAUGUGCUGGCGUGCAGUUUGAGCUGCUAGAACCACGCGACGUUGAUCCGACGCAGUUCCCAUUGCCACCUCCGCGUGUCGAUUUGUCUGACGCGUUGGAGGAUCUCAAGCACGUGGCUGUGGAACUCUCAGCUCAGGAUUUCCCGACGAAGUACGCACAUUUCGCUGCCAGUGCAGCGACACUCCUUCAGACAGUAGAUGACUCAGCUCGCUCCUACUUGUCGGUGCAUCGUGACUUCAUCUUAGAACAAUCCGUACAGCACAUUAACUGCAUCCGGGAGGACGACAUCCGAUCGGUGCGUCUUCAAGUCAGUUUCGCUGAUCAGGGAGACGUAUCAAGUGACGGAAAAGAGGUCGGUGGACUGCACCGUGGAUGGCUGACGCUUCUGAUCGAGAAGCUAGUAGACCCGGAUGUCGGACUCUUCUCCUGUACACAACGCAGCGACCAAACGUUCUUCAUCAACUCACAGUCGAAGCGCGUGCUCGGAGAGGACCAUUUGCAGCACUUCAACGCUGCUGGGAGGUUGAUUGGGCGAGCUUUACUAGAAGGAGCUGUACUCAACUUUCACUUGUGUGUUCCGCUGCUCAAGAUGAUACUGGGAACGCCAAUCACGUUCGGAGACUUGGAGUUUCUGGAUGCAGAGAUGUACCGGAACUUGACGUGGCUGUUGGACAACGAUGGUGCGGAGUCCCUGGAAUUGGAUUUCACGGUGACACAGCGUCAUGGCAACCAUGCUCAGAUCGUCGAGCUCAUCCCUGCUGGAAGGAAAAUUCAAGUCAAUGACGACAACAAGUUCGAGUUCGCGGACCGCAAGUUCCGCUUUGUGAUGUUUGAGUCUGUGGCCCCGCAAUUGUCUUCGUUUCUCAAGGGAUUCUAUGAUGUCGUUCCCCAGCGGAUGCUGUUGCCUUUUGACUACGAAGAGCUGGAUUACUUACUCUGCGGCUCUGAUGAGAUCAGUGUAUCGGAUUGGCAGCUUCACACGCGUUUGGCACUGGAGCCGCGGCAAGAGGUGACGUGGUUUUGGGACGUCGUAAAGGAGAUGUCACAAGUUUACCAGAAGAGUUUACUACAGUUUACUACGGGCUACUCACACGUCCCACUAGUAGGAUUCCAGGGUCUUACAAACUACGACGGCCAGCUGUCCCAGUUUACGUUGACCGACGCGAGCGGCGUGGCUUACUUCCGAAGUCAUGCGUGCUACAACACGCUGGAGUUGCCACACUUCAAGACCAGAGAUGAUCUGCGCGCAGCACUGUAUGCCGCCCUAUACAACGAAUCCAGUGUUAACGAAUUCAAGGCCUGA